AUGAAUGAACACAGGUCAAGGGACUACGACUACCUGUACAAAAUAAUACUCAUUGGAGACAGUGGUGUGGGGAAGUCAUGUAUCCUAUUACGUUUUUCAGAUGAUCAUUUCACAGAAAGCUACAUAACCACCAUAGGAGUGGACUUUCGUUUUAGAAGAAUUAAAGUUGGUGACAAAAUGGUAAAACUACAAAUAUGGGAUACGGCUGGACAAGAGCGAUUCAGAACCAUCACGUCGGCCUAUUAUAGAGGAGCCGAUGGAAUAAUAAUUAUAUAUGACACGACUGAUCGCAACUCCUUCCUUCAUAUUAAAGAAUGGAUCAACGAAAUAAAUAAAUACACAACUGAGGAGACUUGUAAGUUACUGGUAGGAAAUAAAUCUGACUGCAAAGACGAAAUGGAAAUUUCUACCACCGAAGGAGAAAACAAAGCUAAGGAGUUGGGGAUUCCCUUCAUUGAAACCUCUGCUAAAGAUGCUACCAAUGUUGAGUUAGCCUUCACCAUGAUAACUGAGGAACUGAUUAAAAAGAAGAAGAAGAAAAGCGUGCCCUCGCUGGGCGCCUCGCAGUCCAAGGUGAAGUUGUCUUCGGAGGACCACGGCCCCGGCGCGCUCUGCUCCUGUUGA